AUGAGCUCAUCCUCGUGGGUUGUCCUCCUCCCCGCUGGGAAGCAGGUCUCAUUGGUUGCACUGCUCGCCUGGAAGCAGAUCCCGCUGGCGAGCCUCCUCCCCGCCUGGCAUGACCCGCCGGCGACGCUGCUCUCCGCCGGUCUCCUUCCUCCUCGACGAGCUCGUCCCCGCGGGUCGUGCUCCUCCUCGCCGGUCUCUUCGUCUUUGUCGCCAGAAGCUCCUCCCCGCCGGUCUCCUCCCAAGAUGACGGGAACAGAGGGUCAAUCUGAAACUGCAAGUGGAACAGAGGGGGCAACUGUCUUGAGAAGGAAUUCAGAUGAUGUGGGAUGGGAGUAUGGGGUUCUUGUUGAUCCAAACAACAAGGACAAUGUGAAGUGCAUACUGUGUGACAAGCAAAUGUUUGGAGGGGUUUAUCGGUUGAAGCAGCAUGUCGCCCAGGAAAGAAAGAAUGCGAAGAAAUGCCAGGGCACGAAGACCACCAAAGAGAAGUUGCUAGAGGCUCAAGAAAAGUGCAAGAAAGCACUAGAUGAAGCAAAAAGGAAGAGGGAGGAGAAGACUGUUCAUGAGCUAGAACUUAGAGAGAAAGUUCAUGUAUCUAGGGUUGGAGGGUUAGAGGAAGUCACUUGUGUUGGAAGUUCAGAGCCUCACAAAUUAGGCCCCAUGGACAAAUGGACAAAAACUAUUGAUCCUACAGCAACCAAAUCUGAAUCUUUGACUCAACAGAAGCUGAACAAGGAACUUUGGAAAGAAAGAUUACAUGAGGUGCAUAAAUAUAUUGCAAGAUGGGCCUAUAACCAUGCAAUACCAUUCAAUGCAUGUGACAAUGAUGAGUUUAAGCAAAUGUGUGAAGCAAUUGGACAAUUUGGGCUUGGAAUUGAACCUCCAACUAUGUUUGACCUGCGAGGAAGAUUGCUGGAAGAAGAAUAUGCAAGAACCAAGAGUUUGCCGCAAGAACGUGAAGCCAAAAAGUUGAAGAAUGGGUGCUCUAUUAUGACCGAUGCUUGGUUCGAUAAGAAGAGGAGAAGCAUAAUGAAUGUGUGCACUAAUUGUGCUGAUGGAACCAGUUUUAUUUCCUCAAAAGAGAUGUCAGAUGUGUCACACACAAGUGAAGUCAUCUUUGAACUAGUGGACAAAGCAAUCGAAGAUAUUGGUCCAAAUGAUGUGGUGCAAGUUAUGACUGACAAUGCUUCUAACAACAUGGGAGCAAAGAAGCUACUGCAUGAGAAGAGACCACAGAUCUUUUGGACCUCUUGUGCAACUCACACAAUCAACUUGAUGCUCCAAGGAAUUGGCAACAUGCCUCAGUUCAAGAAGGUGAUUGACCAAGCAAAGGCAUUCACCAUAUUUGUCUAUGGGCACACAAGAACACUAGAGUGCAUGAGGUACUUCACUAAGGGCAAAGAGAUAGUAAGGCCAGGAGUGACUAGGUUUGCUUCAAACUAUUUGACUUUGAACAGCAUACAAGAGAAGAAGGACCAACUAAGAAAGAUGGUGGUGCAUAGUAGGUGGGACUCAUUGAAGGAUGUGAAAUCAAAGAAGGGAAAAAAUGCCACAGCAACUAUAUUGAAUCCAAACUUUUGGAAGGAUGUGAAGUUGACAUUGGCUGUUUUUGAGCCAUUGUUCAAAGUUCUCCGUUUGGUUGAUGGAGAUGUGAAGCCGUCCAUGGGUUUUGUAUAUGGAGAACUAUUAAAGGCAAAGAGACAGACAUGCAAGAACAAGCUGCCAACAUUGAACUCUAGAAGUAUCAGAAUAGAGAAGGACCAUUUAGCAAGAAGCUUGCAAGGACUUUUGAAAACUUUGAUUAUAAUCCAGGUGCACACUAAGAAGAGAAAUAGGCUUACUACAGAUCGCCUCAACAAGUUAGUCUACAUUCAAUUCAACAACAGGCUGAUUAAUAAGAGAGCAAAGAUCAAGUCAAAGAAAAUUACUGAUGUUCUCUUGUCUAGUGAUAUAACUGAAGCUCAAGGUUUCCUUCAAGAGAAGGGAGAUGAUUGUGCAUUAGUUGUCUUUAGAGAUGAGGAAGAUGAGGAAGAACUCAUGGAAGGUAUAGGGAUACCUUGGUCUGUGCUUGGAGAUGCAGUGGGAGCAGAAGAACAACUAGAGCUGCGUAGAAGUGCAAGGGUGAGAGAGCUCUAUGAAGAAGAGUUUGAGUCCGAAGAAGAAGAGUUUGAUGAAGAUGAGGAUGACUAUGUGAUUGAUGAACCCUACUGA